AUGGCAGUUCAAAGGUGUGCGGUGAUUGGCGUUGUGGCUAGCUGUAGCGGGGCUAAAGAUGCAAAUCACAAUGGCUCGCGCUUAGUGGUCACUAUGACCCACGAUGAGGGAAUCUUGUCUGCGGUGAAGGUCAAUAACGGCGAGAUUGGGUUCUUAGGUGGGGAUAGUGGCGGUCAAUUGGUGGGGCGCGACUCAGGCCAGUGGUGGUUGGCCACGCGGUGGGCAGUUUGGGUGGCAGAGGAGGUGGCUACAGGGAGGAAGCACGACGGAGAUUGGGAAGACUUAAGGUUGAGGCGUGAAGAUGGUGGUGUGCAUGGUGGUUUCGAUGAAGGUGAGACUAGAGUGAAGGAGCAGUGGGUCGCGGUGAGGGCUAGGGUUGGUGCGAUGGAGGUCGAGGUUGUCGUGUAUCUAAGUGGGAGGCGACAUAGGCUGGUCAGGGAGAAGGUUUUGCGGCCAGGGUGGAGGCAGGGGGUUCGCGGGUUUUGA